GAUACAAUUUUGGCUAAAAUAUUUGAUGUGUGCGUGGAGUCCAUUUCCCGGAAUCAGGAGAGGGCUUUGGAGCGGUGCCGGGAGAUCUCCAUGGGAUGCUCCCCCCUGUCUGUUGUCUGGAUCCUGUUCCGGUGAGAUGGAAGUUCUCUCCGUUGGCUCGUUUCUACACGAAUUGAUCAUUUUCUUCCUGAUGCUGUGUGUCCCUGGGCUGGACUCAGCUCGGUUCUCAGUGAUUGGGCCCGAUCACCCUGUCACAGCUGUGGUGGGGGGGCACAUCGUGUUACCCUGUCACCUGUCCCCCAACAUGAGCGUGGAGAACAUGGAGGUGAGAUGGUUCCGACAUGAGUUCACUCCCUUUGUGCACCUGUACCGGCACGGGGAGGAAGAGUUUGGGCAGCAGAUGCCCGAGUAUCAUGGCAGGACGGAGCUUUUGACAGACGGCAUCACAAAUGGGAACGUGAACUUGGGAAUUCUCAAUGUCAGGCGCUCG